CCUUCUCCCUCCCUCUCCAGUAGGUUUCUCGCCGCCGCUCGAUCGCUUGCGCUCGUUCUCCUCGCUCUCGUUCGUGGGCUUGAAAACGGGUAGCUGCGCUCGUCUCUCUAAUGGAGAUCCAGCAGGAUGUUAAACUCUUCAACCGCUGGUCUUUCGACGACGUCGAGGUCAGUGACAUUUCACUUGCAGAUUACAUCGCAGUGACUCCUCCAAAACAUGCUACCUAUCUUCCACAUACUGCAGGAAGAUACUCGGCUAAGAGGUUCCGUAAGGCUCAAUGCCCAAUUAUUGAAAGACUUACCAAUUCGUUGAUGAUGCAUGGUCGUAACAAUGGGAAGAAGCUAAUGGCUGUUCGCAUUAUUAAACAUACAAUGGAGAUCAUUCAUUUGCUUACUGAUGCAAACCCAAUUCAAGUAAUUGUGGAUGCAAUCAUUAACAGUGGUCCAAGGGAAGAUGCAACUCGAAUUGGGUCUGCUGGUGUCGUUCGACGACAAGCUGUUGAUAUCUCACCAUUGAGGCGAGUCAACCAGGCAAUCUACCUCCUCACCACUGGUGCCCGCGAAAGUGCUUUUAGAAACAUUAAGACGAUUGCAGAGUGCCUCGCUGAUGAAUUAAUUAAUGCGGCAAAGGGUUCUUCCAACAGCUAUGCUAUCAAGAAAAAGGAUGAGAUUGAACGAGUUGCCAAGGCGAAUCGUUGAUCUCAGUAUGCUAUGCCAUCAUCCUUGUAGCUUCGCUUCGCUUCGUUCGUCUCCUAUUUUCUGUAUUCUCAAUCCACAUGAAGAUUUCCUUUAGCUAAACAAGGAGGUUGUUGCAGGAUUGACUUAUGGUAUUCGGCAACUAUUUCAUUUUUGUUCUGUAUUGCGGAGCUGAAAAUUCUGUUGUUUGCUGCUGACUAAUUUAGUUGAUAGAUCAUUUAAAAACAA